AUGAUGAAAGGUGUUUGUUUUGAGUUUGUUGAAACGGAGGUGUGCUUACUUUAUGUUGUCCUCUUUCCAGAAGCAUACGAUGCGCUUGAUCCAAAUGGAAACAUCACAAUCAAAUGGGACGUCAUCAAUUGGACUCCCGACGGCUACGUGGCUGUUGUUACGAUGUUCAACUUCCAACAAUACCGUCACAUCCAAGCCCCCGGGUGGAGCCUCGGGUGGAGUUGGGCAAAAAAGGAAGUGAUCUGGAGCAUGAUGGGUGGCCAAACAACCGAACAAGGAGAUUGUUCGAGGUACAAAGGGAACAUCCCACAUUGCUGCAAGAAAGACCCAACAGUGGUGGACCUCUUGCCUGGGACCCCUUACAAUCAGCAGAUUGCAAACUGCUGCAAAGGGGGUGUCAUCAACUCCUGGGCUCAGGACCCUACCAAUGCUGCCAGCUCCUUCCAGGUCAGCGUGGGAGCUGCAGGGACCACCAACAAGACCGUGAGGCUCCCAAGGAACUUCACCCUCAAGGCCCCAGGCCCUGGCUACACCUGUGGGCCCGCCAAGAUCGUCAAGCCCACCAAGUACGUCACGCAGGAUGGGAGAAGGGUCACACAGGCUAUGAUGACAUGGAACAUCACAUGCACAUACUCACAGUUCCUCGCUCAAAAAACUCCAACAUGUUGUGUCUCAUUGUCAUCCUUUUAUAACGACACUAUCGUCCCUUGCCCCACCUGUACCUGUGGAUGCCAAAAUAACCUUACUCAGCCUGGGAGCUGCGUCAAUCCUGAUUCACCAUAUCUUGCUUCGGUUGUUUCGGAAAGAGGGAGGAGUAAUAAUCUGGCACCUCUAGUCCAGUGCACUACCCACAUGUGCCCCAUUCGGGUACACUGGCACGUGAAGGUCAACUACAAGGAGUACUGGCGUGUUAAGGUCUCAAUAACCAACUUUAAUUACAGGAUGAAUUAUACGCAGUGGAACUUGGUCGUCCAGCAUCCCAACUUUGACAAUUUGACCGAGAUUUUCAGCUUCAAUUACAAGCCUCUCAAUCCUUACCAAAAUAUAAAUGAUACUGCAAUGCUAUGGGGCGUCAAAUUCUACAAUGACUUGCUCAAUCAAGCGGGCCCCCUAGGAAACGUGCAGUCGGAGCUUCUUUUCCGAAAGGACAAAAACACAUUCACUUUCGAAAAGGGUUGGGGUUUCCCCAGAAGAAUUUAUUUCAACGGUGACAAUUGUGUCAUGCCGCCUCCCGACGCUUAUCCGUAUCUGCCAAACGGGACUUUGCGCCAAAAUUUCUCGUUUUUAUUGCUACUCAUCUCUCUCUUAUCGUCUUUGGCAAUCCAUUUCACGUGCUUUUAA